UCCUCUCUCGUUAAUGUUGCAGGAGGCGUUAUAGCUGGGAUCAGGAUGACUAUGGACGUGAGUAAGUCGGAAACGAAUAAAAACGGUUCGACGCAGCAGGAAUGUGCCGGUUGUGGGAAAACCAUCACGGAAAGGUAUCUUCUGAAAGCUCUGGACCUUUACUGGCACGAGGAUUGUCUCAAGUGCGGAUGCUGCGACUGUAGGUUAGGCGAGGUCGGUUCCACACUUUAUACAAAGGCCAACCUUAUCCUCUGCAAGAGGGACUACCUUAGGCUCUUCGGGAACACCGGAUAUUGUGCGGCCUGCAACAAAUCUAUACCGGCCUUCGAAAUGGUCAUGCGAGCCAGAACAAACGUCUAUCAUCUUGAUUGUUUCGCUUGUCAACAGUGUACGCAUCGGUUUUGCGUAGGAGAUCGGUUUUAUUUGUGCGAAAAUAAAAUUCUUUGCGAGUACGAUUACGAAGCGAGGUUCGCCAAUAUGGCACCUCAGUCGCCAGCAUCACUCGCAUAUAUUAAAAGGCAACUUCCGCCAACGGCAACCCCACCUGGACAAAACGUUCAUUCUGGUCACAAUCCUCUUCAAGGUCAUCAGGGUAUCGGACAGAUGGUGGGACCCCAUAAUCACGCGACGAACGGUCAGAUGUCAGGUGGAGGAGGACCAACAAUAAAUGGUACAGCCAUAGGCGUGGGUGGUCCUCGUGCACCAGGUGAUAUGAACAACAAUGGACUAUCUGGGCCUGGUUUGGGUUCGGUGAAACCAUUGCCGAUGACGAUGCAGGCACCGACGAGCUGAGACGAGGCUUUACCACCUCUGAAGAAGUUAAGAUGUCUCAGCGGUUAUUAAUCAACCGAAUCGUGUCGAGUGUUGUUGCGCGAUUUUAAGCUUCGGAGUUAGAAGAAGAAGAAAAAAAAAACAAAGAAAGAAAGAAAGAAAGAGAAAAAAGAAACUUGAACGUCCGCGCGCGAACUGAAAACCGGGCGAAAAUUGAAUAAUCCGAGUCUCGCAUAAUCAUCGCAUUGAUUUUUGUUUUCUUUUCUCGAAAAUUUAACGAGUGUAAAUGAGGAACGUUUUCUCACCUACGGCGUAAAAUGAUAAAAAAAGAUAGGGAAAAAAAGAAAAAAAUCGAGAAAGAAAAAGAGACGGGUGUGCGAGAGUGUGUUGCGAGAAUGAUGAAACAAUUGUGACGAACGAACAAACAAACAAACAAACAAACGCAAAGAAAUAGACGGCGGGGGGUGGGGAGCAAAAAAAAGAAGAAAAACAGGUGAUCAUUGGGAAAUCCAUUGUAAAUUUUGACCGGUGUGCUUCCCCCUCGUGGGGUACACCAUAAACGGACAGUUUGUGUAAGAUAUGUUUCUAACGAUAAGUAAAGAUUAACUAAAGAGAGAGAGAGAAAAAAAACAAAACAAAAAAAAAGAAGAGUAAGGUAAGAGGAUAAGUGAUAAUAGUGCGAAAAGAAAUAAUUAAAUAAAUAAAUAAAUGAAGAAAGAAAGGAAGAACGAAAGAAAGAAAGAAAUAGUGUGAAAGAAAAUGGCGGAGUCGAGUUGUAAAUAUCCUUAUUAAUAUAUCGACUUCAUGAGUGGACGCCUGAGGUUAUACGAGUAUACGUCUAACGAUUAAGAUCUUUCUAUGAUUAUUAUCACCUUCGUUAAACCGGUUAACGUAAUCCACUCUCGUUCUUUUAUUUUUAUCCUUCCAAUUAGGUGAUUUUUUCGAACGAGAAAGAGAACGCGGUGACAUAGCGUUACGACAUAAAAGAAGAAGAAGAAGAAGAACAAAAAUAAAAGAAAAAAUAGAAAGGAAGAAGAAGAAGAAGAUGAUGGCUGAGUAUAGGAAAAUGGUCAAAUAAAUGUUUUGUUCUUUUUUCAUCCCCUUCUUCUUCUUCUUUUUCUUCUUCUUCUUCUUCUUCGUCAUAUUAACGUUGAAUGAAUUUAAGAAUCUUGCCAUUUUUUCGUACGAGGAUUUUCUCACGUUAUUAUUAUUAUUAUUUUUCUUCUUUUUCCCGUUUGUUUCAUUUCCUUUUUUUCUUUUUUUUUUCCCCCCCCACUUUAACGAAGAAGAACGCAGGAAAAGUAUUCAUUACUAUUAAUGCCUUUUAAAAGAAAAAUAAAUAAACAAAAGGGGACUUUUAACUCGAGUUCCAUACAGCCGAUACCAAAGAUUAACGAUGUAAGAUUACCGAAAAAAAAAUUAUGAAACAGAUGUAAAAAAAAAAAAUAAGAAAAUUCGUUAUAAAACAAAAUUCCGAGUGUUAAGAUUAUCGAAGUUUUUCAGUGUUUCCUUGCGACCCCCUGAAUUUUGGGGUAAUAGUGUUGGCUGGUGAGGGCGGGGGAUAGGGAAGGGUAGGGGGGGAGGUCGAAGCUUUAAAUUUUUCAAAUAAUAAACCAAAGAUAAAAGAUGACAGAUUAUAAGAAAAAUAAGUUGCAUCCACACCAAAGGAUUUAUGGGAUUUACAAUUAAAGAUCCGAAUUUUCGGAUGUGACGAUCGAGGAGGACCGAUGCGCUCGUUUUUGUAAAUAAAUUAUUAAUAUAUGAUUAAAAAGUGAAUAACAAUAUUGUGGGAUCGAGUACCUUCAUGCCAAAUAAAAAGAAAAAAACAGGCAAUCGUGAGAAAGUUGAUCGGAAGGCCCAAUUUUUGUCACGCGAAUCCUACAAUAAUUAUUUCUUUGUUUCUUUUAAAAAGUAACGAAUCGUAAUAAUCUUUCGUUGUGGACGAUCGAGCAACUCGCAAAUCGUCGAUCGUCAUUUGUUGGAGUGUAAAACAACUGACGUAUAGGAAAACAAAAAACAAAAGUAAAGAAGAACGAGAAGAAAAAGGAAUGAAAAUAAGUCCCAGCGCGUAUAUCGAUGAAGUACAAAAAAAGAAAGAUUAAAAAAAAAAAAAAAGAAACAAAAUGAUAGGAGAGAAAAAGAAUUGUUUUUCUCCUAAUAAACAAAAUAUGGCACCGCGCGAAAUAAAUGACAAAAUAUUACGCGCGCACUUCUUUUUAUCCCGUUUCUUCGUAACAGUAGAUUUAGGAUAUGCGAACAAAUAAAAAGACAACAAGAACAAGACAACAAUGAAAAAGAUAACGAAAGAACACGAACGAAAAACAAAAAAAAAGAAAUAACUUUACCAAGUCUAACCUUAAACAAAAAAAAAAGUGUUGACUUAAAAAGCAAAAAGAAAAAUCAGAAAAACCUUACGGAUUAAUCCCCAUUCAAAGUAUAUUUUUUCUUCUUACAAAAUCCUUCCCCGAUAUCCGAUACCACCCUGAUAUAUUCCUUUUGAUCCCGUAUUCUCUGUUCGUACACUCGUCAAAAAAAAUCUCUCACCAGCAAGCGCGCAAAAAGCCCGUUUUGUUAUUCAUCUGUAUAUAAUAUCGUUUACUAGCGCAUUACCGAUAUAUUUACGAUCGGCUCUGUAGGGGCUGCUCUCCCAUUACUACCGAGGAAAUAUAACAUUCUUAUAAAUACAAUCUGA